CGGCAGCAGGAAGUAGUCGUGGAACAUCACAAAGCAAUUUUUUUUUAAGUUGUGGGGAAUUUGCUGUUAUUUUUGCAUUGAGCAGCAUGCAAAGUAUCGGGGGCGGAGGAGGCAGGGAGCGGAGGACGAACGCCCGGAUUGUGUUGUACACAGAUGAUGUGCAAUUGUCAUACCUCUUCCCCCCGGGAGAAUGUGCAACAAUGUUCGCUCAGCCCUCGAUGAGGUAAACUCUAUGACUCAGCCUGCCAAAUGCAAGCUCACCACAGCAUUGCGAUGGUUGGCAAGUUCCCCUCUGAGUCUUCGUAAGUGACAAGUGAGUGUGAAAAUUACCCCUGUGGAUUUUGCACAUCUGCAGAAGUUAUCUUGGUAUUGUGGACAUUUGAUACGUUUGGCGAGAGCAGACAUCCAUGAUUCACUGUUGGCUUUCAGAUACCUUACUUUUAGAGUGGAGACACCAAGCUUGCAAGGAACAACUAUCUUAAAACUGAAAGGGGAAAGGAGUGAACCAAAAAAACAGGAAAGAUACCCAGUCAACAAUUACUGCCAUAAAUGCCACUCUAAACAUGAGUCUCCAGGCUCCAGGCAAGAGCUCAGCCAAGCGGAGAGGCAAGCAGAUUUCAUUCUUUGCUGAGAGCACAGGAGCUACCCGACCAAGCCCAAAUCGCCAGAGGAAGAACGGAAUGUUGCACGGGGAAGCAAAGGUGUCGGAGGGCCUGGUCAAUCCACAGCAACCCCCCAAACCCACAGCCCCCGUCACUGGUGUGCAUGGUCACCCUGUGGUCGCCGUGGAUGUGGAAAUGGACCAAGAGAAUGUGACCAAAGAUGGCACUGUGCCACCAAACUGGGCUGCCUCCGUUCUGGUUGACCGCUUGCCUGCCAAGGGUGGGCUGAACUGGCAGCCAGCUGGCCAGGGUGUCUCGUGGAAUCAAAGUGCAACCCCUUUCUGCGCCAGUAGUGGGGCUGUAAGCAAUGUCCCAGUACCCUUCCUAAACACUCUUGCAAAGCAAGGGAGCACAACCCACCUGUCACAUGAAUCCCUCCAAAGUCAACAGGAGAACAAAGGCAGUGGAUCUCAGCUAGGCUUAUUUGGGGAUGCGAUAAAACAGAUGGACGAGAAAGCCCACUUGGCAAAAAAGCCAGCCAAGCAACCAGUUCACUCAUUAACUGAGCUACCAAAACCACAACUACAGAAUUCACUGCAGCAUCAAACCCAGCAGAACCCAGUGCAGCAUCAACGCCAACACCAGUCCCUGCAGAACCAACUGCAGCACCAGUCCCUGCAGAACCAACUGCAGCACCAGUCCCAGCAGCACCAAUCUCAGCACCAGUCCCAGCAGAACCAACUGCAACAUCAGAACCAACUGCUGCAUCAAUCUCAGCAAAACAGCCGACUGCAGCAUCAGCAGCAAACAACCAAACCUCAUACCCGACUGCAACUCCCACCCCAACAGACUCAACUGCAGCAUCAGCACCAACAACAAAUCCGACUACAGCAGCAACACCAGCAGAACCAACGGCAAUACCAGCAGACUCAACACCAACAGGCUCAACUGUUGCAUCACCAGGAGCACCAACAGCAACAAACAAGUAAUGAAACUUUGCUUCAUCAUCAAUUCUUCCAGUUUCCAUAUGGACAGAGUCAAAAGCCGGACCUGCCCCCAAACUCAGUAUUAAACAUGUUCCAUCAGUCUCGCCAGCCAUCACUUCUUCCUCUUUAUAGCCACCCAACACAAGCCACGUGUCAACAACACCUUUUCCAGCAGUUCUUUCCUCACCAACAGCCACCCCAGUCUCUUGGUCUCCACAGGAUUCAGACGAGCCAAGGGUCAGAUCCACCCACGCAUCUGAUAGUUUCAGCACCAUCUCAGCUGCAGCAACAACCUUCUGAUGCACAGAUCAAAGGAAUCCAGAGGUCCACAGGUGGCCAUAAGCAGGAACACCCUCUACGUCAAAUAGGGACUGAGUUUCAAACACCCUUGGCAAAGCAGACUCGAUGUGCCCUCAAGGAAAGGAAGGUGCAACCCUGCCCAUUUGAGUUGCAGAGACUUGGAAAUGAGUGUGGCACUAUGGAAAGCACCAGCCAGCGUUGGCCACAAGCAUAUGGGCCAGAGCUCCAAAAACUGCUGAACAUGCCAUCAAAUCACGGCGCACAGAACCAACACAAACUUCUUGGGGCGGAUUUACUUCAACCCAAGAACAUUCAAGCACACACUCAGACGAGUGAGAACAUCAGGAGUCAGAGAGGACAUGAGAAAACCCAGGUGAAUCAAAACAGUGGAAAGUCUGCUCAGGAAACAUCUUCAGAGACUGAAGAGGCAACUGACAGCAUUAUACAAAGCACAAGAAAAGGAGGAGGGAUUUCUCAUGAAACAAAUGGGCUCCGACCACAACAACUCCUGUAUGAUCAGAACUUGUCCACUGAGGUUCGGGAGGAUGACCGUCGGGAAGAAGGGAAGAGGACGUUGGAGCACUCGAGGGCUGCGGGCGCCCUGGCGGAAGUGGCGCCCACUGGGGGCCAGCUUGAUGACAGCUGCCUGGUACCACUGGUCAUACCUGUGUCCGUGCCCGUCAGAAACACCAGUCAGAAAGGAGAUGGGGAAUCGCAGAGGAACCCGUCAAGUGCAAGGGAUCGGUCCGAACUGAAUUCCUCUCAAUCGACCACCCGCAAGCGCAGAUUGAGUCGAGGCUCUGGAGGUGGACCCUCCGUACAGGAGGUUGAACACUCCAGAGGUCAAUUGAACCUGACGGCUAAACUAAAACGGCGCCCCAGGCCAGAGCCCCUCUUCAUUCCACCGAAGCCCCACAACCACGUCUCUGUCAUUACCUACCCACCUGGUACCCUCUACCAGAGCAACCUUCGCUCACCGGUCAGACUGCCUGAGCACCCUGUGGACAGGAACUUCCAACCUCCGCCCUACACUCCCCCACCCAUUCUCAGCCCCAUGCGUGAGGGCUCAGGACUUUACUUCAAUGCCAUCUUGUCAGCCUCAACCAACUCCUCCCAACCAGUCACCCCAAGGUCUACGCCCAAAUUCUGCCUAAGCCGAUCAAACAGUGCUGAUACCCCUCCUCCAGUCCUGCCCCUCAUGAAUGAAGCCACUCCUGCAAGCAUUGAACCGCGGAUCAACAUCGGCCCCCAGUUCCAGGCAGAAAUACCCGAGCUACGUGACAAAUCCCUGGCUAUGUUAGAUGCUAACCAUGCCGAUAUGGUAUUCAAGCCCUGGGAGAAUCGUAAAAGCAAUCAGCUUGACCAACGAAGAAUGGAGGACCUGAUGACUGUGGCCUGCUCCAGUAUUUUACCAGGUGGAGGUACAAACCAGGAGCUCACCUUGCACUGUCUGCAUGAGGCCAAGGGCAAUGUAUUGGCAGCUCUGAACAUGCUGCUUAUUAAGAAGAGUCCACGAGGCAAGAGCAGGGCGCUGAUCAAUUACCACUAUGCAGGUUCAGAUCAGUGGACGUCUCAAGAGAAGGUGAUGUUUAAUAAAGGGCUGGCAGCACACAAAAAGGAUUUCUUCCUUGUUCAGAAGCUGGUGAAAACAAAGACGGUGGCCCAGUGUGUGGAGUUUUACUACACGUACAAGAAGCAGGUCAAAAUUGGCAAAAACGGAACACUGAUAUUUGGUGACACUUCUGCCACUGACAGCAAGACUGUGGAUGAGUCAAGCACAGUUGACAGAAAGGAUUCACUCCGUCGUAAAGUCCGGGUUCCUCUUGCGGCAGAUUUUAAGAAUGAAUUGUCGGAGGAGGUGAAAGAGGAGGUAAAAGAGGAUGCAGGGAAAGAGGAUGACGAUGAUGAGGAGGAGGAGGCGGAUGAGGACGAGGAAGAAGAGGAAGAAAAGGAGGAAUACAAACCCGAUCACAAGAAACCGAUCUUGACUCAGACCCAAGAUGUUCACCUGCGGAAGAAUAAUGAUCCGACGUACCGAUGCAACUACAGACCACGGCAAUCUUCAGUGACUGCAGUGGCUCCGCGUACUUCAUCCAGGAACGAGCGCGCGCAGUUGGGUGACUCAGCCAAGCUUGGCAAGCAAGCUCAAGAAAAUAUCUUCCCUUGCAAGAAGUGUGGGAAGGUGUUCUACAAAGUGAAGAGCCGGAGUGCGCACAUGAAGAGCCACAGUGUCCAGGAAAAGAAGCAGAGGGAGGUUGAGUUAAAACGACAAGUCCCAGCAGAGGACGAGCUGGCAAAGGGGGACGAGGAGUGCAAUGAUUAUUCCUUUUAUAGCCAGGACGUGUAGUCAUGCAAUGGUGAUGAAGUAAACUGAUUCUCUUUGACCUUCGAGCAGCUGUGGAACCUGAGACGUGACCUGUCGUCUCAUCUGGAUACAUCUUUGGAUGUCAGCAUAGGUACGCUGGACAUAAUUCUUCUGGAUAGUUCCAACUCUCAAUUUAUUAUUGUCUCUUGCCCCUGACCCCAGCCUCGUGAAUGGAUGUGUGGAGGCUACUUUUUGUCGCCCAGCGCCAAUCCAAGGCCAAAGUGUUGAACUGAAGCAACGAUGACUGAGAGGCCGGAUACAUUGCACAUUGUAAAAUGUCACACUGCUCUUGUUCUGUCUAGCUGACAGAACAACACCUAUCACUUAGUUUCCUUUUUUGCAGUCACACACAUUUUCUUGCAAAAAUUCAAAGUUGCUUGGAUGCUGUGAAAGUGUUGCACAUCAAUUAAGGGUAGAUUGCUAAAUCUUAUUGUAUCUCACAGAAUGGGGUUUCAAUAUAUUCAGUAUAAAAGAAUCACAAUAGUCUGGUUUUACAUUACACCAGACAAAUGCAGUUACAUGUUGGCACUGCAUGUUAAAAAUUACGGCACAAACAUUUGGUCAGGUUAUAACGUUUCAUUUAUGCAGCUAGACUAAUUAGAAUUAAUCUCUCGUUUAAAUUUCAUUUUGAAUCAUAGAUCUAGAAUUUGAAAGCUGCCUUACUGCUCAGUAAAAUGAUAAUCAAUUUCACAUCCACGUGAAACACGUUGGGACUGUCCUUAUUGUCAUUAUACUUUGUCCCCAACACUUGAAUCAAAUCAUUUAGCUUCCAUUGUACCUGGACACAGCACAAUCCAAAUCUGUACUGUUCCCUCAAUAGGAAUACUGGGUGCACCAUGUGUGAAACACCACACCUUGUUACGUUGUCCAUUUCCCUACCUGCUCUCCAAUCCACCCCAUCACUAUUUUCCCUACCUUUAACAUGUCUUGUAGCUUGCAGAGCAAGUAUUCUGGAUAUAGUUUCCCCUCCUAGGUUUUCCAAUCCAGGUUUCCCUCUUCAAAACAUCAAACUUCUUGUUCUGCAGCACUUCCAUCAGUAGUAUCAAGUCCUGUGGUGUCUUGUCAGUGCCCUGGCUUACAGCAUAGAGAGAGGUUGCUUGCCCAUCGUGCCUGUGCUUGUUGCAGUUGAUACAAGGAGGAAGCUUUCAGAUUACCCAAUUCAUGGCACAAACCCUUUCAAAACAAAAGAUGGUUGGUAUGUUGCCUGUCGCACUAAAUCUGUACCUGGACCUUGCUUCAUGUUCUAUGCAGUCAAUUUGUCUUUUAAAAUCACCCCUCAAGUGAUUUUUUUCUUAAUUGAAGUGGCAAAAAAAGUUAUCAGGUUGUAGCAGAUGGAGGAGCAAAAUAAUUUAAAUUACUUGCCAGUGGAGUGACAUUGCUGACUUAACCCACUUGUACCUAUUGUGUCAACCGCUUUCUCACCAGUAUGAUGUACCUUUGUGUACCAACUUUCUUUUUGCAUCUGUCUUGAGAUUAACCUGCAAUUUCUGAAGUGUCUAGGGCAGUCUGGGAGAGUUUGCAAGCUAUGCUUUAUCCAUUGGGAGAAUAUCUGAUGCAAAAGCAGAAUGUUGUCUACAGUGGAAAUCUGAAACAAAGAUAAUGCUGGAAGUAUUCAGCAGGUCAGGCAGCAUCUGAGAGGAGAGAAACAGUUACCUUUUUUAAGACUUUUAAAGAACAGAAACAUUAACUCUGCUUCUCACUUGACAGAUGCUGCUUAACCUGCGGAGUAAAAAAUUAUUUAAUAUAUGGGGGGGGGAAUAAUUUGAAUAGGAUUAAUUUUUAGAUUCUGGGGUACCUAGCAAUUAAACAAGGCAACCCUGAAUUUUAUACAUAUAUAUAUCUUAAAUGUGAUAUUGCAGCUUUUUGCUCAGUAUGCCAUUGUAUAUACAGCACAAAAAAGUAAUUAUAUAAACCAGCUUAAGCUAUGGCUGUCAGCACUGAAUUCAGCAGCCUAUUUUAACAUGAGCCUUGUAAAUAUUAUUAAAAAUAGAUAUUAUUUAUUCUUACUCUGCUAUUUGGUUUCUGUAUAUAAAAAAAACUUUAUAAGAUUUGUAAUGUCAUUGAUUUUAGCAAGGCUGGCCUGAACAUGUGUUUUCUGUGAAUGGGUUUGUAAAUAUUUUUUCUUUUCAACAACCCUUUUGCUCCUUUCCUUUUUAAAACUUCAGCCAAGAACUAGUGGGUUAAGUUCUCUUAAUACCUGCUUAAAAACAUCAGCCCUUUGAAAUGUAAUUUUUGUAUCGAUGACAAUGUUAUGUUUUACAAAAAAAAAUGUACACAGACCAUUAUUAAAUGUUUCUGCCUCAACUGGAUUUAUUUAAAAAAAACCUAGUGAAGUAGUGCACUAUCAAAAGUAGAUAAUUAUUAGAUACUUUGUAAUUGGGUAUGAUAUUAAGGAAAGGGAACUUUAUGGCUCUUGCAACAGCAAUGAGCUUAUGACUAGAUCUGUUUUAGUGAUGUUUAUUCUGGGAUAAAUAUGCACCAGGCUUUUCUAUGCUUAUAUUGCAUA